CACACAAACUCACAUUCUCUCAUAGCUCUGUAGCAGGCGGGCUGCUUCGGCACGCCAUCUCUUCACACACACACACACACACGCGCGCACUGCAGCAGUGCGCACACACGGACACACACAAACUCUCUUCGUCGGCUUUCCUCUGCACGCGAAAGGCUGUCCCACUCAGCGCGCACUCGACGUGACCGUUAUUCUAUUGCGCAAGACACGGGACUGUCCGGGCACUGAAAAUAAAUCCACACAACAACCCGGUGAACGUUAAACCUCGGCUGACAUCGGUAAAGAAAUAACGGGACCGGGCCCACGGCACCGCAUUUCAGCACGCGGACAGAAAAUACAGACAGACAAACCGGGUUCAGGCAUCGGGACUCACGCGCUGCAUGCAAGCCCUGUACGCCGCCUCCUCGCACAGAAUGCAGCAUCCCCUGACGGGAGGAACGUGCGUUGCGAUGCCCAACGUAGACAUGUGUCCUCAACUGUCCUGCGCUGCUCUCACCUUUAUGUACCUCCAGCAGGGUAACCAGGAAGCCCCUCCCCCUCCAGACUCCAUGACUCAGCCGUACCCCUCCGCCCAAUUUGCCCCCCCUCAGAACGGCCUGCCCGCUGAGUUCACCGCCUCUCACCCUCACCCUCACCCUGCGCCCCCCGACUACACAGGACAGCCCCCUGUCAGCGAACACCCCCUCAACAUGUACCCCACUUCACAGAACCACAGUGAACAGAGUGGACAGGACACCUGCAUACAGACCGUCUCAGCCACAGCCACACAGACAGAGGAGGAGUCUCAGACAGACAGUCAGCAGCAGAGCCUGUCGUCUGACAGUUCUAACAGUAAGACUCAACCCAAGCGACUCCAUGUCUCCAACAUACCCUUCAGAUUCAGGGACCCAGACCUCAGGCAAAUGUUUGGCCAAUUUGGUAAAAUCUUAGACGUUGAAAUAAUUUUUAACGAGCGGGGCUCUAAGGGUUUUGGGUUCGUAACUUUCGAGCAUAGUGCGGACGCUGACAGGGCGCGAGAAAAAUUACACGGCACGGUCGUAGAAGGCCGUAAAAUAGAGGUCAACAAUGCAACAGCACGGGUAAUGACCAAUAAGAAGACAGUCAAUCCUUAUGCAAAUGGGUGGAAGUUGAACCCAGUAGUCGGUGCAGUCUACAGUCCAGAGUUCUAUGCAGUACCGGGCUUCCCCUACACAGCAGCCAGUGCAGCAGUGGCGGCUUACAGAGGGGCCCAUCUAAGAGGUCGAGGGCGUACGGUCUACAACACAUUCAGAGCAGCCGCACCCCCACCUCACAUCCCCACUUACGGAGGUGUUGUUUACCAGGAUGGAUUUUAUGGUGCAGAUAUUUAUGGGGGCUAUGCUGCCUACAGGUAUGCACAGCCUGCUGCCGCCACAGCUGCUGCAUACGGUGACAGAAAUAAUUUGGUCCUCCUUGCAGCAGAUGAAAUGUCUUGUAACUCCUCUACAGUUACGGACCAGUAUAUGCUGCGGACCCCUACAACCACCCACUUGCUCCAGCAGCCACAUACAGCAUUGGUGCCAUGAAUGCGUUUGCCCCAUUGGCUGAUGCCAAGACGAGGAGUCAUGCUGACGACGUGGGUCUGGUGUUGUCCUCCCUGCAGGCUAGUAUAUACAGGGGAGGUUACAGCCGCUUUGCCCCAUACUAACCCACCAACCAACCUCCCUAAAACCAUACAACAACCAAUUACUACCCUACCAACCAACCAACCUCCCCACAACCAAACAACAACCAAUCCUUUCUGACAGGGACACAACCGACCAACCAACCAACCGACCAACCAACAAACAAACCACACAACCAACAAACCAGUAUGUGAGUGAGAGAGAGAGAGACAGAGAGCGAGAGAGAGGGCGAGAGGGAGAGCGAGAGAGAGCGAGAGAGAGGGCGAGAGGGAGAGAGAGAGAGAGGGCGAGAGAGAGAGAGAGAGAGAGAGAGAGAGAGAGAGAGGGACUUUGAGGCCUGGGUAUUGCAAUAUAUGCAGUUGAUCAUGAUUUUAGCAGCUCCUAAGAGAGAGGGAAAUCAGUCAACUAAAAAGAAGGGAUAUUUAUACCUCAGAUAUUGUGUGCUGUUCAUUUUGAUACAGUGGGUUUUUAAUUUGUAAAGGUUAGUAGAUUGUCCGUGUUGGUAGAGCUAUAGAAGAGCUACUAGAUUUAAAACCUUAACAUUAUUAAACAACACAUUUCAACUGUUAGGGCUCCGUGAAAAGACAAACCAAUCCUGUAAAAUACAUCACAGAAUGUGAUCCCGUUUUGUAAGAGUGUUUACAUGAUUGUAGGGUUCGGAUUCCUUUGACAUUCCCUCUGUUAGCGUCUACAUUGUUUCCUAGCUACUGGGGUUAGGAUUAGGAAUGGGGUUAAAGUUAAGGACUGGGUAAGUGUUAGGGUUAGGAUUAGGAUUAAGGUUGGGGUUAUGUUAGGUUAGGAUUGGGGUUAAAGUUAAGGACUGGGCAAGUGUUAUAGUUAGGAUUCGGUUUGGAUUAGGGUUAAGGUUGGGAUUAGGUUAGGAUUAGGGUUAAGGUUGAGGUUAGGUUAGGGCUGAAGCUCAGGGUUAGGAUUAAGGUUAGGGUUGGGGAGGUGGGGGUUAAAUGGGGUACUAGAAAGGCACCGAAAGGUUGCAAGAUCGAGUCCCCGAGCUGACAAGGUACAAAUCUGUCGUUCUGCCCCUGAACAAGGCAGUUAACCCACUGUUCCUAGGCCGUCAUUGUAAAUAAGAAUUUGUUCGCAACUGACUUGCCUAGUUAAAUGAAGUUAAAAUAGAAAUUAGACCAGGUGAAGGGAAAGAGAGAGAUGGAGGGGAGUAGUUGUUUGUGAAUGGUGCGUAGUCGGCAGCGUGCUAGCUAGCCAGCGAGGACGUUGAUGUGUGGAUUAGAUCAUGAUCGUUGUGAUUGUCAUCGUUUAUCACUCAAAGCCAAAGGUUCAAAUGUUCCCGAGGUGUUCCAUCUGUGUACAGUCAGAUUUUACAGAGAAUAACUUAUUAUUGGUAGAGGACAGAGAGUCUGCUUCCCAAAUGGACCCCUAUUCCCUAUAUAGGGCCCUAUAUGCCUCUGGUCAAAGUAGUGCACUAUAUAGGGAAUAGGGUGCCAUAGGGCCCUGUUCAACAUAGUGCACUAUAUAGGGAAUAGGGCUCGGGUCUAAAGUAGUGCACUAUAUAGGGCUUGGGUCUAAAGUAGUGCACUAUAUAGGGAAUAGGGUGCCAUAGGGCCCUGUUCAAAGUAGUGCACUAUGUAGGGAAUAGGGUGCCAUAGGACCCUGUUCAAAGUAGUGCACUAUGUAGGGAAUGGGGUGCCAUUUGGGAGGUAUGUGGUUUUUUCUCCAUGGAGGAUUUACUGUUGAAACCAUCAUCUAGUCCCUUUAGUCAAAACCCUUUAUAGAGUAGGUCAUCCCAUAGUAAUAAUAAUGAUACUGAUACAGAUGUUGUUUUUAUAGAAAUUACAGUAUAUCCAUUGAUAUAGUUGCUGACUUUUAUAUUAUGGGAGAGAUUUAAAAAAAUAAUAAUAAUGUCUAUAUUCACCUUCUCUAUUUUACCUUUCUGUUUCGUUUUUUUCUCAAAAAAUAUACGACUAUGAUUAUUUGUACACGAUGAAAGCUGAACAAUAUAUAUAUAUAUAUAUAUAUAUAUAUAUAUAUAUAUAUAUAUAACUACAAUGUAUUAAUGGAGACGUUUGAGCUGUGCAAUGAAGGUGUUCUCUUAAACACAAAAUACACAACUGUAAUGUUUUAGAUGUAGGCUAUUAUACCAACGGUUAGGGAAAGCUUUCCUCAUUUUUUUAUGGUGUCAUCAUAUCCAGAUGUAUAAUGACACACUACAAGUAAUGCGAUCAUAAUGUAGAUAUUAUCAUAGCAUUUUUGUCAACUGUACUAUUUUGCAGACACACACACAGCCUGUACAUGGUCUUCACUACUACUAGGCUGUAAAACAUGUCAGUGUCCUAUAUGUUGCUGAUGUUUGUUAGUUAGGCUUUAUUUUUUACAUUGACUUGUCUUUCUUUUGGGUUUUGAUAUCAUUUUUAAUGUGACCUCCUUUGUAAUGUUAUUUUCUAGAACUCAGCCUUUACACUUUGAAAAACUGUUUGAUUAUUGAGAAAAUUAGAAAUAUAUAUGGCUUGUGAAAAAGAUGAUGUAUAUGUAAAUAUGAAGAUGAAGCUGUUGUUGAUUAAAGUGCUCCAGGGGCGAGAGAGGAAACGCCCAGCUCACCUCACGCAGCUAAAUACUUCCUUCCUGAUAUCCUCCCUCCCUCCUUUCCUCCCUCCUUUCUUCCUACACCUUGUUUACAAAUUAACCUGGUCAGAGGUGUUUGUCACAUAUCUCAGUUUUGUAUUUAUAAGAAGAAGAAAAAAUAUUCAGAAAUGCGACCGAUGAAAAAGGCAGUGGCAUCUGCAGGUUGUGGGAUUUAGCCCCAUCCUGCAGGUUCUGGAGUUAAGUCCCUUCCUGUUGGCAGGUUGUGGGAUUUAGCCCCAUCCUGCAGGUUCUGGGGUUAAGUCCCAUUCUGUCUGCAGGUUGUGGGAUUUAGCCCCAUCCUGCAGAUUCUGGGGGUUAAGUCCCAUCCUGUUGGCAGGUUGUGGGGUUUAGCCCCAUCCUGCAGAUUCUGGGGGUUAAGUCCCAUUCUGUCUGCAGGUUGUGAGAUUUAGCCCCAUCCUGCAGAUUCUGGGGGUUAAGUCCCAUCCUGUUGGCAAGUUGUGGGGUUUAGCCCCUUCCUGCAGGUUCUGGGGUUAAGUCCCUUCCUGUUGGCAGGUUGUGGGGUUUAGCCCCAUCCUGCAGAUUCUGGGGGUUAAGUCCCAUCCUGUUGGCAGGUUGUGGGGUUUAGCCCCUUCCUGCAGGUUCUGGGGUUAAGUCCCUUCCUGUUGGCAGGUUGUGGGGUUUAGCCCCAUCCUGCAGAUUCUGGGGGUUAAGUCCCUGUCCUGUGUUUGCUGAACCAUCAGUCGGCAUGGCAACACGUAUCCUGGCUACACCACCGCGUGUCUCUGUCCCUACCCUCUACAUCCUCUGCUUCCAUAGGUGUUGUGAUCAGAUACUUCCUCCCCUGUCCUUGUAUGUGCAUGCACUAUGGUUCUUCCACUUAACAAUAACCAUCAAUAAAGUUUGUCAAGAUAA